AUGGCUCAAAUCACUGCGACCUCUCUUCCCUCUUCUUCUUCCUCGUCUCCUCUCGCUUUCCGUCUUCCCCACAAUGGUACCUUCAGAUGUCAGAAUCUAGCUUGCCCGAGAACCCCUUUGCUCGCUCAAGAGUUAUCUGCAAGGCGGAGCCAGCUUACCGGCAGUGUCGUUGUUAGCAAUCAUGCCACCGUUUCCCGCAGUUGCAAAACUCAAGCUAUUCAAGCUGCUCUCUCCACCAAUGGAAAUACUGUGGUGGCUACUGACUCAAACGGGGCUGGACUUCGUGGCAAACUCAAAAAAGUUGUUCUAGCCUACAGUGGAGGCUUAGACACUUCUGUGAUUGUGCCAUGGCUAAAGGAAAACUAUGGCUGUGAAGUUGUGUGCUUCACAGCAGAUGUUGGUCAGGGCAUAAAAGAGUUGGAGGGUUUAGAACAAAAGGCUAAGGCCAGUGGAGCUUCUCAGUUGGUUGUUAAGGAUCUGAAAGAGGAGUUCGUGAAAGAUUACAUAUUCCCUUGUCUUAGAGCUGGUGCCAUCUAUGAACGGAAAUACUUGCUUGGUACCUCCAUGGCACGGCCUGUCAUUGCAAAGGCCAUGGUUGAUGUAGCAGCAGAAGUUGGAGCUGAUGCCGUUGCACAUGGGUGUACCGGCAAAGGAAAUGACCAGGUUCGCUUUGAGCUCACCUUCUUUUCACUAAACCCUGACCUUAAAGUGGUGGCACCGUGGAGAGAAUGGGAAAUCCAAGGCAGAGAAGAUGCUAUCGAGUAUGCGAAGAAGCAUAAUGUUCCAGUUCCCGUGACAAAGAAAUCUAUUUACAGCCGCGACAGGAACCUAUGGCACCUUAGUCAUGAGGGGGAUAUAUUGGAAGACCCUGCAAAUGAGCCAAAGAAAGAUAUGUACAUGAUGAGUGUAGACCCUGAAGAUGCUCCUAAUGAGCCUGAGUACAUCGAGAUAGGAAUAGAGUCUGGAAUCCCGGUCUCGCUCAACGGGAAGACUCUCUCUCCAGCGACCCUUCUUUCCGAGCUAAACACAAUAGGCGGGAAACACGGAAUUGGGCGCAUCGACAUGGUAGAAAACCGUCUAGUUGGCAUGAAAUCCCGUGGAGUCUAUGAAACUCCAGGAGGCACGGUUCUAUUCACGGCUUGCCAAGAACUAGAAUCACUGACAUUGGACAGAGUGGCCAUUCGGGUUAAAGACAUGUUAGCUCUGGAAUACGCAGAGAUGGUUUAUGCAGGAAGAUGGUUUGAUCCAUUGAGGGAGUCAAUGGACGCUUUCAUGGAGAAUAUAACAAAGACGACAACUGGAUCGGUUAGAUUGAAGCUGUACAAAGGGAGUGCGACUGUGACGGCGCGACAAAGUCCCUUCAGUCUGUAUAGACAGGACAUAUCUUCGUUUGAAGGGAGUGAGAUGUACAACCAAGCGGAUGCAGCUGGAUUCAUUCGGCUCUAUGGGCUUCCUAUGAGAGUUCGAGCCAUGCUUGACAAGGAAAUCUAA